AUGAAAAAUGAUAAAAUAAAAUUGGUAAGUUUUGAAGGGGAUGAAUUUAUUGUGGAUAAAUAUACAGCUUCCAUGUCCACAGUAAUAUUUAAUAUACUUGAAGUUAUGACUUCAGAGGAAGAUACAAUUCCCCUUCCAAAUAUAAAAACACAAAUUUUAAAAAAAAUAAUUGAAUAUAUGGAAUAUCAUAUCCAUAACCCGCCUGAUGAAAUACCCAAACCCUUGAUAACCUCAAAUUUACAAGACGUUGUGUCAGUUUGGGAUUAUGAUUUUGUUAACACAGACAAGGAAACCCUUUACGAACUUAUAGAGGCUUCCAAUUAUCUCGACAUAAAACCGCUCUUGGAUUUAACGUGUGGGAAAAUUGCUUCAAUGAUGAAAGACAAAACAACUGAAGAAAUUCGAGCAGAAUUUGAUAUUGUGAAUGAUUUUACAAGAGAAGAGGAAAUGCAGAUACGAGAAGAAAACAAAUGGUGUGGAGACAUUUAA